AUGGACUUCCCUCCGGAAGUUCGAGAGCUCGUGCAGCAGCUGAAGUCUGCUGGGAUGCAGAUUGACGAAUCGAAUCCGCAGGAAGUUAUGCAGGCUCUGUUUCGAGUGCAGCAAAUGGCGGCCAACAAGAAGAAGGCCGAGAUGGUCAGCAAAGAGCGCGCGCUCCCUGGCCGAAGUGAAGCGCAGGUCGUGCCAGCUCAGCAUUACGUGCUGAACAAUCCGAUGAAGGGUCCAUGGCCUGCUGGAUUUAAAGUCUGUGUCUUUGCAAACGGCUGCUUCUGGGGCAGUGAGAAGGGAAUCUGGCGCUUGCCCGGCGGUGGCAUUUACUCCACAGCUGUUGGUUAUGCUGGUGGCUAUACCCCAAACCCGACUUACGAAGAAGCAUGUUCAGGACAAACUGGACAGACUGAAGCAGUGCAGGUGGUUUUUGACCCUUCGAAGAUAAGUCUGGUGGAUAUUUUGCGCUGGUUUUGGGAAGCCCAUGAUCCCACACAAGGAAUGGGUCAAGGGAACGACCGUGGCACACAAUAUCGUAGUGCCUUGUAUUAUUUUGAUGAUGAGCAGAGGCAGCUGUACGAAGCCAGUAAAGAAGCAUAUGAAGCUGAGCUGAAAGUCAAUGGAAAGGGACGUGGACCAAUUACAACGGAAAUUCGAGCAGCCUCCGAUUUCGAGGGCGAGGUUUUCUUCUAUGCAGAAGAGUACCACCAGCAAUAUCUGGCAAAGCCAGGAGCUCGCCCGUACUGUUCGGCAGAGCCACAGCAAGUGUCGCUUCCAGCAUUCGAGAAGUGGUGCCCCGCCGUGCUGCGUAGCAAGCAUGAAAAGGAGCCUUGUGCUUGCAGCCUUGCUCCAGGAGAUCCAGGCUGUGGGACCUUCAGGUUCAAGCUCAGCCGUGGCGCAGGCACGGCAUGGAUGCAGAAGACCGUGGCGCUCCUGCUUGUUGUAAAGACGGAGGUCGGGAAGGAAUACCAGAACACCUUCGACACCGGCAAUAGUUCCUUUCGAUGCAGCUGUGAACGCGGCUACAUGGAUGAUGGGGAGAAGUGUGUAGCUGCAGACUGUGGGCCGCUGCAGGAUCCGUUCGGCAUCUGGCACGGCAGUCACGCCUACCUUGGGGAGUAUACCUUGGAAUGUCAUGACGAUGCCUUCGUGUGGGGUGGCACAGAGCAGGCUGCCACAAUCAGUUGUCCCUCCUUUGGGCGCUGGCGCACAGUGCCACGAUGCUUGAGCCCCCUCGAGGAGAGAAGGGAGGCAGAGCGAGAACGCAUAUCGUUUGUUUUCCAUGUCUGCGCAUCAGUUGCAUGCAUUGUAUCGGCUGCCUUAGCUGCCGGACUUACCAUGGGAUUGGUUUCCUUGGAGCCAGUAGAGUUGCAAAUCAUUGAGGCGGCCCGACUAGACGACUGCACGACGGAGAAGGAGAAGGAGCGACUGCAGAAGCAAAAGGAUGCCGCGAAGCGGAUCCUGCCGUUGCUGAAGGUCUUUGCAUUGCGCGGGCCAAAGUUGCCGCGGCCGCACUGGACUGCGUCCUUCCCAGUUCCGCCUGGCAAUGAGGUGCUGGUACGCCUCCGAACGCAGGAAGGACUCGAGGGCUUCGGUCUGGCAAGCAGCUACACAGCAAUAGACCCACUCGUCAAACCUUGGAAGAAUGGUUUGGCAGAUUUGAUUGUGGGUGAAGACGCCUUGGCACCUGAGCGCCUCUACCACAAACUCUUCCGGCUGACUGCCGACAAGGUUGCAAGUGAGAAAGGCUGGUCGCGAGAAGCGAUGAUUCGCCUAAGCGCUGCAGUUGAUUUGGCAUGCUGGGAUAUCGUUGGGAAGGCAGCUGGGCUUCCGUUGUACAAGCUAUUUGGAGGAUUCAAAGACGAGGUUCACUGUUAUGCUACAUGCGGGUACUACAGGGAAGGGAAAGAUGAACACGAGCUCCGCGACGACCUUCAGAUGAUGGUGGAUCAGGGUCACACAGGCUUCAAAGUAAAGAUUGGUGGUUUGCCUCUCCAUGAAGACAUGGAAAGACUGCGUGUCAUCCGCGAAGUGAUUGGCUACGAUAAGGAUCUCAUGGUUGAUGUCAACCGCGCCUGGGAUUUCAAGACGGCUUGUGAAGGCGUGAAGCUGCUGGAGGCCUUCAAGCCGCGCUGGCUUGAGGAACCUGUGGCCUGGGAAGACGAUCGGCGCCUGCUGGGGCUGCUGUCGCGCCGGACAAACAUCCCACUCUCAGGGGGUGAGAGUGAAUUCACGAGCUAUGGCUGCAGGGCGCUCCUGGAAGAGAAGGCCAUCUCGAUUCUGCAGUUCGAUGCGACGAUGUACGGCGGCUUUACAGAGGGGCGCAAGCUUGCGGCCCUCUGCGAGUUGAACCAUGUCCAGGUUGCUCCGCACCAUGACUGCUUCAUUCAUGCGCAGCUGGUGGCUUCUACCCCAGCUGGGCUGAUCGUCGAGGCCUUCACAGAUCCUGAGCGAGAUCCGUUGCAAGCGGAGCUCUAUCAGGAUGCCCCGGCGAUACGCAACGGCAAGAUCAAGCUAGGCUCCGCUGCAGGCAUCGGGCUUACGCUGAAUGAAAGAGCCGUGGAGAAAUACGGAGAGCGCAUCGACCACCACUUGCUCCUUGUCACCCUGCUUCUCCUCAACGCACUUGCGAAUGAGGCGCUACCCAUUUUCCUGGACGAUCUACUCAGCCCCGUUUUUGCGGUGCUGCUGUCUGUCACUUUUGUGCUGAUUUGCGGCGAGAUCCUUCCAUCCGCAGCUUGGAUUGCUUGGACUCGCGACGUCAUGCCCCUUAGGUUUAUUCCUGUGGUCAAGAUCUUGCUGACGACGAUGUACUGCAUCGCCAAGCCGAUUGCCAGGAUCCUGGACGAGGCCCUGGUUCACAACCGCGAGGAGCGCUUCUCGCGACCAGAGGUCCGCUCUGUCCUGCGCUUGCAUUCGCCAAGCGGGCACCAAGCUGCACGAGAAGCUUAUCGUGAGCGGGAAGGCAGUGCGGAGGGCAGCCCAGGAGGUCAAAGUUGCCUCAGCGGAUCGAGGAGCGCGGCCGAAAAUCAGCUGCUGCCCUCGGAGGACCCACCGCAGCCACCGAGUGUUCUGAACGACCUGGAGGUUGACUUAUGCAUGGCAGUGCUCAUGCUUGGAGAUACUUUGGUCGCUGAUAGUCCGGCCUUCUACACCUUGAAGCGAUGUGCAAGGAGGGUGAUGCCAGCUGACUUCUACAGUCCUGCUAUUUCUGUGGCUGCUGAUGCAGUGUCUUCAAACAAGGACUUCGUCGUCGUUUUUCCGAACAUUGAUCAUGUUGAAUGGCCGGUAGAGGUGACUUGGGAGGAAAUCGUGGGGAUUCUGCGAACUUCCGAGCUCUUGGCGACCCAAUCCUGUACGCCGAUUGGCUCGCUCUGCAAGCGCAAGCAGCGGCCAGCUCGUAUAGAGGCUCACGAGACAGCCGCGGAUGCACUUGCCCACAUCGCUGAUGCUUGCGACUCGCCCUGUGGUAUCGGGGUGGUUCACCGCAAUGAUGAUUUCUUCGGUAUUUUCGAUGGCGAGGAUGCCCUGUGUGGUGCCAUUGCCGAGCAAGAAGAGUUUGCCGUACCGUGCACACCUAGUGACCGACUGUCGCGCCAAAGACGUGAGGCAGGGUUGGGCAUUGUCCAAAGCCGCAGCGAUGCAUCGCCUUCCUCUUCGACAGGGAGCCCCGCGCGCGAAACAAUCCCGGAGAGUGCCCAUCUGACCGGGCGGACUCUUGGGGAAAUCGCUUCAAUGGCACUGGAGCCGGUAGACGAAAAGGAGGUGCGAGAUCGCUUUCACACGGAUCCUCAGCCAGAUGUGGCGCGAGGAAUCUCACUGCCACUGCCCUCACGAUCAACAUCAAGUGCCAUAGAUGUGGUCAAGUCUAUGUCGUACAGUGUCGGAAGUCCUGCUGCGCCCGGAGAGCUUGAAGAGAAUCGGCAAAUGUCUCCGGGAGACGUCGUGCCUGGCCAGACACCGGAGCGCUCUCGGCCGAGGCCCGCACACCUGUGGUCGGAGCUGGAGCUGACGGCUCUCCAAGCCCUGUCGGAGCGAACGGAGGUGCCGGAUGCCCCGAACCUGCCGGACCUCGUACCCGACGCAGCGCAGGAGGAGGAGAGAGACCUAGAAGAAAUCUCUCUCGGUUCACGGCCCAGCCAAGGGCCGUUUAGUGGCCAGGAGUAG